AUGGCCGAUUCAGACUCUUCUCUAUCUUCUGCGCCCCCGACUGACGAUGAGAUGGAGUUCGAAGUUACAGAGGCGACUGCAGCAAAGCCCGUACCUCAGAAAAAGAAGAAAAAGAACGGCACAAUCUUGACCUUUUUCAAGCAUCGCUCGCCCUCGCCGCCUCCGAGGAAACGGGCGCCGUCUCCACCGCAUGAGCCUGUACCAAAGGAUAACCCAGACAUUGCUUUCAUUGUGAUGUUUCGGUCACGCUUCAACGAAGCAUUCCCUCGCGGUUCCCCUCAUGUAGGACCUCAAGAUAUCGAGCUGGGUGUCGCGGAAGACACGCCGUCCGCUGAUGUCGAAGGCUUACUAUGCGCCUUGCUUGGCCUCGUUCUCAAUCGCAAGAAACCUGUCGAGAAGGGUCACUACGGUCGCGCUCUCGAGGAAGCCAUCCAAACCCAAAAAUCGCAAUGGCCCACCAAAUGGACUGGCAAUCCCCUCAGUGGCGGUCGCAACUUCAAUACCAUGACGGCAAUAGAGCGAAUUACCCUCCUCCACUCCCUCUGCCUUUGGAGCCUCAACCAAAACGAACAGGUCAAGGCUAUGAUUAACAACGCAUACAAGUCUCGCACUACCAAGGACAAGCAAGAUACGAAUAUCCCAUUGUCGGUACAAGCCUGGGGCCGCGACGGUGACAAGCGUCGGUAUUACCUAGUCGAAGGUCAAAACGACACCCACUUUCGUAUCUACCGCGAGAGCGACCCGAAGCUCAAGAACGUACAAUGGAUCAGUGUCGCCGGCUCUAUCGACGAGUUGAGAGCGCUUGCGACGAAGCUGGAGGAAGUGGACGGACACAAAGAGGCCAAGGCACUCGGCGAGCGCAUGCUCAAUGCUGUGCCGCGAUUCGAGGCUUCGGAAAAUAAACGCAAGCGACGGGAGUACACACGUCAGCGCAAAGACGCCUUCACGCGCCCAGAACUCGGUUUCUCCCUAUACGAAGGCCGCACUCGUGGCAAGCGCCAACGAUACACGUUUGACGAAGAGGACGAUUUCGACUCGGACAACACCUCUGUACGUCGAUCAGGGCGGCAGUCGGCCCGUGACACACCCGCUGCACCUUCUGGCCCUACUGUCACCGCCAGUGGUCGGCAGGUCCGAUCUCGAGCAACAGGCUUAUAUGGCGAAACAUUGCUUAGUGGGCAAGUCACAGACCACGCAUCACCUGCGACUGGCGACUACGUACGAUCCGAUGUGUCGGAAGAGCCACAUUCAGGUCAUGGUCGAUCGACUCGCGCCGCGAACAGGGGCACCAUGAACGGCCGUUCAUUGAACCGAACAGUAGACUCGGAAGAUGAUGAGGAUGCGACAUCUUGGGAUGGUGGAGAUGACGACGAAGAGGAGCCAGAUCAGAUGGAGCUUGACGAUGACGAAGAUGAUGCAGCAGAGGAUUCGUCGGAGGAAGAAGAGGAAUCGCAUAGCCUCAUGGUCACUCUACGCUACCGGAAGGGUGCAUCGGAUGGCGCCGCUGCCACUGAACAAAAUGCACCUAUGGAAAACGGUGUAGAUCAUGAUUUCACCGCUGCGACAGGCGCGCCGUCAGUCGGUACCAGCGCACCACAACAGCCUGGCCUCACGCCUGCCCCGGAGACAUCAGCUCCCGUACCAACGCCCGCGGCUACUACGAACGGAAUCUCUACUCCAGUCAUUUCAGUCGCACAACAACAUCCUACCGGUAACCCAGAAGUGCUGCCCAAAUUAGAUGGCUUCGUCUCUGUACCAACCCCGCCCGAAGAAGCACCAAAGCCUCAGGCGCCAGUCGAAGUCCCAACCAGCACCUUCGAUGCUCCUCCACCACAGCAGCCUGCGCCCACUCCUACUGCCAGCUUAUAG